AAACAUUGCGCUAUCGAUUUCUAAGUAGAACGUUCGAAACACCGUUUUGAAGAAAUUCCAGAGUGAAUGACGAUACUUUACAAAGCAAAGAUUUCGAGUCGAGGGAGAAUUCCUUGGUGUACCCCGUGCUGCGACGCAGCCGUAUCCUUGGUGCACGAAAGAUAGUAUGGGAAGCUCUAGAAACCACGGGUAUGCGUGGUAAUCGAAAACGCAUCGACUUUCGAGAAGACCCAUCGUGCACCAUCAAACGGUGGUAUUCGCUUAACCCGCCCGUCGCGUUCUUUCGUUCCCACGUGGUGCGAUUAGCCUUCGCUAACUUGGUGCGCUUUUCAGACAUUCACAUGUUUCCCGCUACUGAACGUCAGAUUGAAACGACUCGAUUCGAAGAUUCGGUCAAAGACUGGACCAGGAGAAGAGGGAGAGGAAGAGGGAGAGGGAGAGAGAGAGAGAGAGAGAGAGAGAAAAAAAGAGCCGGUUAAAACGAGAGAGAUCGUUAAAACGGAUUCCUACGUCUUUUACACGCUACGAUGACAUAGCGGCAAAGAAUUUGGUUGAGAAAAAUCCGGAAGUACGGUUUCGAAGGUUAUUCGCGGGACAUUCGCUCGUUUGGUCUUGGGAACGGUUGGUGUCUCGAGCCGCGUCGUCUCUCAAGUUCGUUGGACGCGAACGGGAAACACCAGUAUGGGGCUUCUUUAUUUUUAACGCGCGAUUCAUCGGCGCUCUCGUGUCGGCUGAGGAUAUCCGAGCGGAGGCGGUAACGUUCGUGUCGGUAUCGGUGCCAAUGCCAAUGCCAUUGUCGAUUCUGAUGAUGGAUAUCGAUACCGAUGACGUGAUGAACACCGACGAUGAUCACGACAGUGAUCAAGUACGAUACCAUCUGGAAGGAUUUGUCAGUGACGAAGAACGAACAAUAUCGCAGGCAACUCGUAACGAAUAGCGCGUAACGGUGCCGAGAAUCGGCGUUAUGUAGUUCAGGAUUUCCCAUCGGCAGAGAUUCCUCGAAAAUAGCGCGAAUCCUUCGUAACUCGCAACGAUGCGCGUUACAACGAUGGUGCGCGUAGGUUGCCUGUUGUCGAAGGAACUCUGCUCGCGAAAUUGGCUUAGUCACCGACGUAUUACGGGAUAUUACGGGGUAUUAGCGGGAACAGCCGCAACGACCGGCAACGACCACGACUUUCUAGGCGGACGUGCACGAGGGGCGUGCAGGAAGGACUGGCCGUCCCCGGUACUCGUGAAUCAUGCUCUACCUUGCAAGUCCGCCGGUCGCCGUUUCCAAGAACAAACAACGCGACGCGAUGUGACGCGAGGUAAACCGAAGAGGUAGGAGCAUUUAGCGAGGCGCAACGAGGCAAGGCGGGGUAAGAAUCAGCAAGCGUACCGCGCCGUGCGAGGUAGAACGAAGCGAAACACGAAGCGACGUGACGGAGCGAGGCGCGGCAUCGUGCGACGCGGUUGCGGUAUGUCGCGUUAAACAGGACAAACUAAAUACCAUUCUCGUACAAACUAUGUAUGUAGUUACGUAUCACUCGUCCUUUCUCUCUCUCUCUCUCUCUCUCUCUCUCUCUCUCUCUCUCUCUCCCUUUCUGUAUGUAGUGUCUCGUCAAAGUAUUUCAGCUUAUCGUGCGUUUUGUACGAAAUAUUUUAAAAUUUCAUUAGCGCUGUAGCGACAUCCGACUAUCACGAUAACGUCGAUAAAACCGAGGCUGGUCCGAUAGGAGUUUGGAAAAGUGUGCGUACAUUCGCGAGUAAUUUUAUCUGUUUCUCCGUCUUCUUUUCCAUUCGGCCGCGUAAACUUUCUCUCGCGUUGGUUCGUCGAUUUGGAUGGACGGAGGGCUGAAACGUUGUUCCGACGAGCAACGAGAUCCCUCGGAUGACGCGUCCACUGCCACGAAAAUGCGACGUGGUCGUUGCGUCGCGGUCACGCGAACUUUUCAUUCCACGAAAAAACGUGCGAGCCCGGGGGACACGAACGCGCGCCUCUAGCGCGAAUUCGUUUCACCGAUCAAUCGAUUCCCCGAAAUCGAGCAGCGUUUAACUCUACGAAGGGUAGUCUCCCGUACUCUCGAGGUCGCGUGCGUAACCGGUUAGCAGUUGCGUCAAUGUUGCGAAUCGCAGUUUCGUCUGCAAACCGUUGCCUGCGUCGAGAUACGUAUUUCGUUGAUUGGAUGGCUUGAAAAAAGGAUAUCAACCGUUUCGCGACCGAAUAUCUCGCGUCACAAAAACGAACAGGCACUCGUCGUUUGAAGGCGACUUUUGACCUCGCGAGCGAUUAUUCCAAUCUCUUGGCUGACCGUCUCUCGAUUUCCUCGUUGACGUUGUCCUAUUUAACGGUCCUUCCGGUGAUAAAGAAGCACGGACUAAGCGCCGCCUUUGCUUCCGUCACACGGACGCGUUUGUCGCGUAAAACUUUGAUGGUUACCGACAAGAGCCGCCACUCGACAGGAAUUCCUGUACUCCUCGUAUAAUCCUGUUCGUCCUAAUUCCACGCAAUUUGCAGAAUCUCCAUUCUGGCGAAUACAUAUAGCGCACGGCGUUGAUAUAUUCGCGCGUAACAUCGAAACGAGACUCCAUGUAAGAUACGAUCGACAAUGUGUGGAAAUAAAGUACCUCCGUAUCUCUGUUACUUUUAAGCUGUUCUACCCUUUUAUUCGCGCAGUAGAUCAAUUUUUCACUAGAUAAAGAAUAUUUUCUGAUUUGUAUAGCUAUGCAUGUUCAGAUUAGUUUCGAAUAUGAUCGGCGUAAUCGUCACGGCCGCGUCUCUUUACAGCGUUAACGAUACUAUAAAACGUUUUACGUGACACCCGUAACAUAUACAUGAAAGAUUUUAACGAUAAGAAACGGGAAACUUUGGUGAACCAUCGCGUGCUUCAUUUUGUCAGAUUCCAUCGAGGAAAGAUCGGUGCUUGGAAACGAUAGACGACGAACACGAGACAAUGUGGUCAACGGGGGCUACGACGACAGCAAGGAUAGCAGCAGCGGCAGCAGCAGCAGCGGUGGUUACGACGUCGAACUGGACGCCGAGAGAUUGGAAGCGCGAUCAGCCGGCCGGCGCGCCGGCGGGGAGUAGUAAACGGGAUAUAUACGCGAGUGCGUGUUGCCGAGUACGGUAUUCGGCAGUCGACGCGCGACGUCCGAACGGAGCGGGUCGUAUUUUCUCGUCCCGUUCUGUCUGAACCUGGCCGUGUCCAAUAAGAAGUUCCUCGUGUCAUUCGAUAUUUAAUAUUUCCGACGAAUCAACGAAGAAGAGGGAGACAGGGAGCAAAGGGCGCCUAGAAUCAUUGAAAAUCAGUCGACAAUCGUAAAUGUUCGACCAGCCUGUGUUUUAAGAUGACCGCCUCGGCACUGUCUCCUUUACCUUCCUCUCGCUUUCUUCGAUCCUUCUCCGCGUUCGGUUUUAUUCCGUCCACGUCAACGUCGUCGUCGUCGUCGUUGUCGUCGUCGUCGUCGUCGUCGUCGUCGUCGUCGUCGUCGUCGUCAUCGUCGUCGUCGUCGUCGUCGUCGUCGUCGUCGUCGUGGUCGUUGUCGCAGUCACCGUUACCGUCGCGUAGGAAGAAGAAACCAAACGAGCGGACGAUCCAUCGUGGUCGGCAUUGUUUGACAUUACGCGUUAAGAGGAGCGGAUGAAUCGUCGCGUGGCAGAGCAACAGUGGAAGAAAGUGAAAGAAUCGAAUACGGUUCGAAUAGCGGUCGGACACUGUCGUAGUAUUUGGAAAUCUCGCAGACCUUUGCGUACUCGUUUCCAAGUCGAUCGCCAAACACCGUUUUCUCCGAUUCGUUGAGAUUCGCGCGUGUCUCGGCUGACACGUUGGUCGGCGCGUUUAAUGGUUGACAAAAGAGUAAAAGUUAAAGGUAAGAAAAGCGAGGUAAAGAAGAUAAUAACGGUAGAGACGAGAAAGAUAGAAAGAAAGAAGGAAAGGAAAGGAGGUGAAAGAAGAGAGGCGUAGGAAAUUAAAUACAGAAUCGGUGCACGAUAGCGACGAGGUGCUUCCCAGGGUGGAGGUACCCCGGUGGAUCGUGCUUAAACUCGUGGAUCAGGAGCCGGCUAUGGGAAAGCUGGCAACGGCUGGUCGACUCGUGACCCGUGACAACGAGCAGCAAGAGGCAUCGGUGUGGUUGCUCGAGCGAAGCGGCGCCAGUUCCGGCCGCGCUCUCGUCGCGGUCCCUAUCGGCGGGGUCGCAGUCUGUGGCGUGAUCGUCCCGCAAGUUGAAUCGGAAGCACCGAUCGAGGUGACCGGCCGAAACGCGUUUACCGGCACUGCGUCCAGUUGCUUGGAGAACGGUGCUCGAAAGAGGAAGGAGGAUCGCCGAACAAUAGCCCUGGUUGGGAUUUGUCGGACCAGACACCAGACGCUGAUCGACGAUCCAGACUCUCGAUACUUGGUCGAAACGGCAACCGGCGGCGACGACGACGGUGCCGGAAGAGAUGACGCGGUGGUUCGCCUCGAAGGUUCGUCGUUCGAGUCUUCUCUAGGUCGGAAAUCCGGAUGGUGGUUCGACGACAUCGUUAAGCAGAAUACAAAGGAGAAGAGAAGAGACACCGUUCAGGAAUACCGUCCGAGAAUUUCCAACGAAUGGCGACAAGUGGCGCGUAAAGAGUCGUUAGAUCGGCGAACGAUCGUCGAGGGAAGGGCAUGCGAACGAUGUCGUCGACGUCGGUGGCUGAACGGAAGCAACGAAUCUUCUCGUCUGUUUGGAAUAGCGACGACGAUCGUGGCGGUUGUGGUGGCAGUAGCGGCGGCGGCGCUUUGCGUGCCGGCCGCGUCGGCCGUGCCGAUGCUGCCGCGGGAGAGUCCGCUCUCUCGAACCGGUCCUCGACACGACCUCGACCGCUCGACCGGUCUCGAGGACGUCUACGAGGACGCUUUCCGAGAAGAGGAUCGACCGACGACGAGGACCGUUCUCGACGAGACUGAGCUGGAUAUUAUCAGAAGGAGCAUCGCGCGAGGUCUCGGCCUCAAGAGGAUACCCGACCCUUCCAAGGCAAACGUCAGUCAAGCCGAAUACGAAAGAGCACACAGAGAGUACCUGAUGAGAAUGCAGUCGCCAUUCGACGAGCGAACUUUUGAAAGCAAGAAGUUUCUACAUGUGUUUCCCGCUACAGCGUAUCCUGGAAACGAAUCGAGUCGACUGGAUGGAACGAGCGAAAAGGAAAAACCCUAUCGUCACUGGUUGUUCUUUCCCGUGGAAAUUCCUCAGAAGGAUCUGGAUCAAACGUCGGUGGAUCACGCGACGCUGCGACUGCUGCUUCACGGGCCGACGACAGAUUACUACACCGAACGUUCCGAGCUGGAGGUGUUGUUCUAUCUCCGAAUUUCGUCAUUUCGUCGCUCGAGAAAGUUAAUCGGUCGUAGAAAAAUUCAGCUGCAGGACUCCCGAAAUCCAAGAUGGCUCGAACUCGACGUGACUCAGGCCGCUUCCUCGUGGAUCGAGACGCCGCUCGAGAACCUAGGAGUCGAACUGGAAUUUAUGGUAGACAGCGAACCGGUGACACGUACCUUUUCCUUGCCGGUUCUCAACGUGUUCACCACGACGUAUUCGGGCAGUGCCAGAGUAAAACGUUCUUCACCCAAAGAUGUGAUGUCUCUGCACAAAGGUCGUAGGACAAAGUGCAAAGGCGAGAGUAAAAAGUGUUGCAGACACGAGCUUACCGUCAUGUUUAAAGACCUGAAAGGUUUCGAAUUUAUCGUUUACCCGAAAACUUUCGACGCUGGAUACUGUAAAGGGCGAUGCCCGCCUAGAUACAAUCCAGCUCAUCAUCACGCCCUUCUGCAAAGUCUGCUGUGGAAGGAAGAUAGAAAAAAAGUGCCUAAACCAUGCUGCGCGCCGAGUAAGCUCGACGAGUUGAUGAUCGUUUAUUUCGACGAGAACGAUGCUACUCAGUUGAAAAACUCGUACUGGAAGAACAUUCAAGUACUCGAAUGCGCUUGUUCCUAAAAAUACAUUGUCCUUUCUUCCCGAAUGGACGAAUCGGCUAAAUGACCGACUGAGCAACAGAGGUAGAGAACUAAAGUCGUGUUUAUAGUGGAAACUUAUUCGAACGAACUCGAGUUCUAACGAAUGAAACAUCUGAAGACUGCAAUGCAUAUAAAUAUACUCAUAAAAAUCUAUAUACAUAUUUGAUUAGGCGGAUGUAUCUUCGUCAGAAUGUCAAUUUGUUCGAAUACCCAUCCACUGUAACCACAGUAUAAUUCAAUCAACUAAUUAGUAUAUGUACAUGUGAACGAACAAACGAGUGGAUGGGAGCGAACGAUAGAAUAUAUAUGUACACGUUCGAUCGAAACGACACGAUGAUACGGACCGGUAAAUGCUGCGAUUAAAAACGUUGGUUACAGAAUGACGAAAGGACAAGGGUUUUCAUAGUCGCAGACGACUCACCAAAGAAUCGUCCGAAUACUGUUCGGUUGUGUCACUUUUUCGUCGUUACUCGCGACAUACCGAAAACACUUGCUGUUAACGUAUCACGCACGCGAAACUUUCCUUUUCCGCUUGACCCCUUGUCCGCUUGACAUGUGCAUUUUUGAACGUUUCGAUCGAUAAAAGUUAUUCCGUAAAACGAAUGACGAAAGAUUUAAUCGUAUCGCUGAUAAACGUUCGAUUCGGUUCGACUCGAGGCAUCAUCGAAAGUCCAGGCUCUUGAUCCAGGCUUUCGCAUUGACUGUGAUACUAAAAGAUAUCUGGCGUUUCUGCUUGUAGUAAUCGUAUUUCACACUUUCAUCCUCUUUUGCCUUAUUCCCUCUUUUCUAUCUUAUUUUCUCGACUAUUUUCUAUAUUCUCUCCUCCUCUUUCUUUUUCUAUUUUGAUAUUGAAGAACCAUUAAGUGUAUAGAGUUAUUGACAACGAGAAGAAAGAAACACCUCGACAGCAAUGUUUCGAUUAUUUGGUUAGUGUCACUCUUAAAUGAAGUCUUAACCGGAACAAUUUAAUUGCUUAUAAUUUAUUGUUCGAUCAAAUAUCGAGCGAUGAAAACUGUUAUAUCUUUUUAUAUACUAAAAUAUUAUCGAACGAAUCUUCGAGAGAUUGUGCGUAUUUUUACCAAUGAAAUUAUGUUAACGUUGUAUAGAGGAUUUAAUCGAAACUUGGAACCAUAACCGAAGUUUGUGCACGGCGGAAACCUCGCGAAUGCUCCUGCAACUAUAUAUAUAUAUAUAUAUAUGUCUAACAUUUAUGGACUAUCACCCAGAAGACUCCCCUGUUUCGCCUUCGUUGUAAAUGUACAAACGCAUAACCGCAAUUAUAAUGGCCCCGCUGCACCCCGAUCAAAAGUUUAAAUGCGUUCUCAUGUCGUGACGCGAUCAUGUAUAGUUCGCCGAGUCAAUUUCGAUCACGCACCAUAAUCGUAACCUCGCGUUACAUGUAUUUGUCUAAACGACUAAGAUCGAUGAUGUAAAAUAAAAUUUUAUUCCUUAUUUAUAACCAAAUAA